ACUGCUCGAAUCUUUGCCCCGAUUGGCGGUUUUUUCUACAUUCAGCAGCUGUCAUAUGCUGGAACUGUCAAAAUAGCUCCCAUCAAAACGAAAAAAAACAACAAUUAGAAAGCUUUCGUAAAAUGUACAUUUGUUUAAGAUAUUUUAACUUGAGUUAAACGAAAAACAAGUUAACAAGUGUGUUUGUUCGGUUUCCCAAUGCCUUGAGGAAGUGUAAGGAAACACAGUGCAGUGAAGGUGUGUGAAAGUGUUUUGUUUGUGUGACGAAAAAUAUUUACCGUAGAAGAACUCGCAAGACUACAAAAUGAAUGAAGAAACUUUAAAAGAGAUGGUGAAUGCCGAAAUUCCCCCAUCAAAAGACAUUCUGGAUUGGUUUCUGCAAUAUUUUAAGAAACAUCAAACUCAUCAUCAACGCUCUCUGGAAGCUUUUGCCAGCUAUUUCAUCGGCUUCAUCCGUGCACAAACUGAAGACUCAUCAAAAAUAGCCCCACCAAGAUGUGACACACCAAGAAAGGUAUCGGUCGGUAACGUGCUCCAGUCUAAUCCGUCCGCCCAGCUGCGGAAACUGUCAAUCAGUGACGGCUCUUGUUACCCAACGUCCGGUAUCCCAGGCGCAGCAACACCGCUGUCCACCGAAGGUCACUCGAUAAAUAGAGCCAGCGAACUUGACACCACCGGAACACCGGUACAUUUGAUAGCACGGCAGCUCUUCGACCAGCACGGUGGUCUAUCGGGUGUGUGUGAGUCGGAUAGAAAACCCGCACCCGAAUUUCGUACAUUGGAAUAUUGUGCACCAGACGAUAGUGAACUAAAAGGAGCAACCGGUUAUUCCACACCGAAACGGUUCCCACCACAAUCUGGUACAGCAGACGGGCAAUAUACACCGAGCAAUAACGAAAAUCAAGCCUUAUCACGCUGCAGAAACACCAAUGAAGCUGUUUUCGCAACACCUCCCCGUAGCAAUAAUGUUUCACGAAGCAGUGCGGGUAAUAUGCUUCUGUCCUUUACUAGCACGCCGAUCGCCAGCAAUCGUGGGAAGACAACGCCACAGCACGGAUCAUCACGCAACGGAAGUCUGGAGGUCUCAUGUCCAUCACCCAACACGUUCGGUAACGGAUCACAACGUCAAGACGCUAGCGGAUUAAGCGAUGGUGGUGCGACCGGCCGGCGUAGCAAAACAAGCUUACCUUGCCUCGGCGAUUAUAUCGUAGCGCAGACGACGAAACCUCACCGAAAUCGUCGCUCCCCAUUUGCCGGCAAUAACAGCGGCAGUAAUAAUGAACCCAGUGGCCUAAAUUCGUCGGGUAUACCCAACAGUCCCAUGUUUCAGGAUGAUGACUUUCCGCAGCUAAACGUGACUCCGAACAAGGACCCCCAAAUACCCGUUGUCGAUGAUGGACUAAAUGUGAGGAAGCGAGUUUCGCUGAACACUAAAACGUCCUUCAAUGAAUCGCAGGACGGUGCGCUACAAGGUGCGGGGAGUAGUGGGAAAAAGUCCACUAAUCCAAGAAGACGUAUUGCUCCGACGACCGUCAGUAGGACAGUGUCGGAACGCCAUGACUUUAACUCAUCAUCAUUUCGCUCGGAAAACAAUCUCAUAUCAAUCGAGUGUCAUGAGGACGCUAGCCACGAUCCUCGCGGAAUGUUGCGUCAUUUGAAGGAUGAGAUUCGAAGUGAUUUCCUCCAGGCAGAACAAGCAGACCUGCAAAGAAACAUACGCGCGAAACAAUCUCUGCACAGUUCUUUUAAUCAUGCUGAAAAUGCGACUCCUCCUUCUUCGGACCCUGCCACGAAUAAUAUCGAUGAACUCGUGCCAAUAGAUAGUAGUAGAAAAGAAGGAACGGAUCCACCACUAGUGGUACUGGUAAUCGAAUUCGAUAAAAUUACUCAAAAACUAAUCAUCGAUCGGCUCGUGACUAUCUAUGCGCUACUGAUGGAUCUCAACCUGGUGCCAAAUAUGUUGAACGAACUAGCCUAUCUUAUCAAUUUAGUUAGUACGGAACGAUACAUCGCACCACAAAGAAACCUCGAAACCACAUCCCCUGUUACCGACAAUACCACAGCGGAGCUCGGCAACGUUCUGCGUAGCCCACAUAACUGUGUCUACUUUGCAACAGCAAUGCUUUACCAACAACGGACACUGCUGGCACUGCUUGAUAGCACCUCGCUCCGAGUUGUAGUAGAGAACGAGCAGCUGGCGGUAUUGCAUCCGACGUUGAACGGUUUCCUGCGAGACAUGCUGGCGCAAAAGAUGAAACUUGAGAACCCUUUCAUUCAUCAGGGCUCUAGUGGUGGUGAUCUGAUGCUAAACAAUAGCAUCACAAACGUGUUCUACCAGCAAGAGAACGACACGAAGGAUCACUUUCCUUCGUCGAAAGAAUUUAGUGCAUUUAACAAGCAGCGAGAUUUGUUUUAUGCUGCCCUAAGAGUCUGGGAAAGCGAACAUCUGAAUCCGGCAUGGGAAUUUGAGACGAAGCUCGGUUCGAAAGUGCGAGCAAUGCUGGACAUUUUAAACCAUCCCAUCAAUAUGUCCCACUUGGCUAAACUGUUUAGUGCUCAGCUGAUAAUAUCGUUUAAUUUUGAUAACUCUGCUAGCGAGCUUCAAAUGGCGCUACCAAACAUCGACUUGACGAAGCUAUCAAAGUUGCGCCAACGGUUGGUAGGGCCCAGCAUUUUUUCCACACAGUAUCUUUUCCCUGGCAGUCAGAUGUUUUUUCGGGAUUUUAUUGUGGCUAGCGAAAACCAUCAGAUAUUCAUUGAGCAGCUAAAAGCGGUCCUCAUUCAUGAGCUGCUGCAGAUGAAUGGGUCAACGUACGAAGUAUUCAGCAUAUGCGGUGUGGCAAAUACGACCCGUUCGGAAUACGUGGUUCGCCCAGAAACAAUCGCCACGAUGCGCUUGCUGGCCAAAUUUAUCGGGUUCAUCAUCGCGCGCCCAUUCCAGUACGAAGGAGGCCGAAACACGAUAGUGGAAAAUCGUCAAAUCGAGCUGCGUAAUAUGUUAUUGCCACCGUUCGACGUGCAACCCAUCUUGCUAAGAUCGAUUGCCGAGCGAAAGCUCGUCAUUACCGUUCCAUGGCUUGUGCAGUAUCUGAGCAUGUUGGAUUUGGUGACACUUCGUUUGCGUUACUACGAAGAACUCUUCCGGAUGCUGCACGAUAUCUACAAAUCGUCGUCCGUGUGCGGUUACGCAGCAAAUAGCGACUUAUUCGUGAUUCCCACGUCUAGGUUUAUCGUUCGAUCCUGUCUGGAUUGGCUGUUCGACCAGCCCAACGUUCCGGAGGAGUACUACAACUCAUCGGAAAUGUUGAGCAGCAUUAUCAAUGAUACCGCUACAGAUCAGCCAGCCGGCGUUGUGAAACACAGCAAGGACCCCAUAGUUUUUAAUGCAUUGCUGGAAAACAUACUCAGUGCCGCUUGUCCAUUUUUGGCCGAUUUCCGUGUGUCAGUGAUGCCGUCCAGAAUGGAGAAAACCGUAUCUAGGACAGGACGCUAUCGGCAUAUUACCACACGUUAUUCGGGAAUCGUAACACAACAUCAAUCAAGCGUCGUAAACGAACUAGCAACUACGCUGGACAUUUCUUCGACGAGUGCCGGACAUAAUCGUUCGAAAUCGUCUCACGGAAACGUGCAACAGCGUCUGGUCGAAGGAUUUCUGCAGUCGCAAAGCCAAUCCUUGCGUCGCACCGUUGAGCUAAUCGUGGACCGUUCUACUUCGGCUGUGAUAAAGGAUUUCCAGAUGCGGUUUAUUUUGCCAGAGAAAAAGACAGUAAAUGAUCGUAUUGCUGAGGUGAAAGCCGUCGACUUGGAAAAUACAAAGCGAACAAUCCUAAACAUCUGCGAUGAAGCACUAGAUCUCAUUAACAAUACCUGGGAGAGCCACGUGCCCAAAAUUCUAAACAAACGAAUCACGGAAGCAUUUGAUGCAUUGCUCCCAGAGGAAACGCUUGAUCCGGUACGUAAGCUGUGUAAAAAUAUUGCGCUAGAAAAGUGCCUUCAAAAAUCAGGUGAAUGGCGACAGUCAUACAUGUCUAUUACGGGUUUGUUCUGUAAAGAUGUAGAAAGUGAAUCGCAAAGUCUGAUACACAAAACUCAGCAUCAACAGCAAAAAACACUUUCAACAAAUGCCAACCAAACGGAAUUCUCCGUCGCGGAAAAUUGCGCCAUCAUGCCCUCUAGCUUCUACGUCAGGCUGCAAAUGCUCGUGCACCAUGCUGCGUCCAGUCCGGAGCAAAUCACCGCAGGCGAAUUGAAUGAAUUUCUCGCACAAACUUAUGCUUUCCUCGAACAGCCCGGACUCAUCACAACACCGAUGAUGGAUCGCAUACUGGCGUUCAUGUUGCUUCAAUUGAUUUUACUAAUAAUUAAAUCGCGCUGUGAUUUGAGCGUACCUGAUCUUUUCCAACAUGCCGUCAAAAUUUGGAAGCAUAAAAAAAUGGCCCGUUUCUGUUUGCCACCACCACCGGAAUUGGACGAUUCGUCUAGUGUUGAAACCUUAACCUCACAUGAGCGGUCCCUUGUGUAUCCUGCAGAAAUAGAGCAGUUCCGUCGCAAACAGAUGCAACGAGACACAAAUUACAUAUUUUCACAUUUGGUAAGCAAGCGCUUUAUCCGCAUGCUUGAGGUUAACGCUACACCUCAACCUCAUUAUGUACUGUAUGCGGAGUUUAUCGCAAUCCUACUGGAAGCAGAUAUCAUCACAAAGGACUUAUUGAAUGAUCAAUUCGUUACUCUAUUCCGUGAAGAUUGGCCUCAGUCUACCCUGGAUCGUGUUUCGGUUGUAAUCAAUCAGGUAAUGCAGAAGAGCGGCCCAUCCGCACGGCACGGUCACAGCAUCGACGAUUCGCAUUCGGAAAUGUUCAUGGAAAUGUUGUCCGAUUUUGCAAGAGAUAUUACAGAUCUUUGAUAUUUAAACCAUUGCUUUCUAUGUAUUUGUUUUAACUUUUUCUACCAGACUACGGUACAGCACCGGUUCACUCAGCUAAUACUUAGCUGACAUCGGAUGUUGAUACUCGAAUUAUGUAAUUGUAUGUUUUAUGUAGCUCGAUUUAGGACAAUUCAUUAUGACAAAACAAUAAAAUAUAAUCACAUUUCACAAGUCAA